GCCAAAGUCGGGUCUGGGCUAACUUGGCUUGAUGGUACGGAUGGCAAACAGCAGCGCGGACGAGCCGGACGAGUACGAAGAGGACGAGGAGAAAUGGUCGCAGUGGUUCUGCGGCCUGCCUGGCAACGAGUACUUCUGCGAGAUCAACCCCGCGUACAUCGAAGACUCGUUCAAUCUCUACGGGCUGCGCGCGAUCGUGCCCAACUACCAGGAUGCGCUCAACAUCAUCCUCGACUUGACAGAUAUUCCGUAUGACGAAGACGUACCGUCGUGCGCCGUGGAGCUCUACGGUCUCAUUCACGCCCGCUACAUUAUCACGAGCCAUGGCCUCGACGCGAUGUUGAAGAAGUACCGCGAGGCCGAGUUUGGCUACUGCCCGCGCGCGCUAUGUGACGGCCAGCCCGUCGUGCCCGCUGGCAUGUAUGAUGAGCCGCGCAAGGCUGAGAUGAAGGUCUACUGCCCCAAGUGCAGAGACUUGUACACGCCUGCAAUCGACUUUGAGAGCGCGACCAUCGAUGGUGCUUACUUUGGCUCGACAUUCCCGCACCUCUUCUUCAUGACGUACAGCAACCUGGAGCCUGCGCCGUCGACGCAUCUCUACGUCCCGCGCGUCUUUGGCUACAAGAUUCACAGAAAGGGUGCCAACCGGCAGCGUCUCGCGGCAGCAUCCUCCAAGAUGCUGGAGAAUGGCGAUGCAACGGCAAACGGACAGUAGUUGUGAUGCAUCCUCCUUUGACCCUUAGCGACGACCAAGCAACGGCUCCAAGUUGGCCAAGGACGACACCAAGGACGACGAGCAAGGGACGAAGCCGACUACGAGCGACCAAGGCGCGCGGGGCAAGAAGAGGGUCAAGCAGAACGACUGAGCCGCCGACCUGCCUUUUCGAAUUAGCCAUCUAAACUAAUACCAGCUCAUCUUCAUGUUGCUAC